AUGGCGUUCAACUCGCCCUCCCAAAGCAUCGAUGACUUCCAUGCACUUCUUUCCAAGUCGACUCGAGUUCUCGCUCUACUGGGAGCCGGCCUGUCCGCAUCGUCCGGACUUCCGACUUUCAGAGGUGCAGGCGGACUCUGGAGAUCACACGAUGCGAUGUCACUUGCUACGCCUGAAGCCUUUGCUCAGGACCCAGUGCUGGUGUGGAGAUUCUACUCAUACCGUCGUCAUAUGGCACUGAGUGUGGAGCCUAAUCCUGCUCAUUACGCACUCGCCGAGUUGGCGAAGAAGAUGCCCGGCUUCAUGACGCUAUCACAAAAUGUAGACGGGCUAUCCACACGGGCAGGACAUCAAAGCCGGCUCCAGCUUCUGCACGGCACUUUAUUCGAAGUGAAAUGCAACGAUUGGCGAUGCGACUACGUGGUCGAGGAUUUCAACGAUCCAAUCUGCCCGGCUCUAGAUCUCCCAGAUGGCAUCGAUCCGACCACGGACGACGCCCGAAGUCACAACAAGAAGAUCGACAUCAGCGAUCCUGCAGUCAAAAUUUCAGACUUGGACGAGAAAGACUUGCCACAUUGUCCCCGCUGCAAGAGUGCACUGCUACGUCCAGCCGUGGUAUGGUUCGGCGAGGACCUAUCAGAGACGGUCCUCGACAAUAUCGAUGCUUAUCUUGGUGCGGGAGACGUCGAUCUGAUCAUGGUCAUUGGCACAGGCGCCAAGGUCUAUCCAGCUGCAGGUUACAUUACGAGAGCCAGAGACCGUGGCGCUCGGGUGUGCGUUGUGAAUGUUGACUCUGCAGAUGCACCGCCUGGGGGCUGGGCUGACGGGGACUUUUUGUUCCAAGGGGACGCAGCUCAUAUCGUUCCGGAGCUUCUUCGACCUGUGACUGGUGAGCUGAGCAUUCCAACACAGGCGAGAGUAUGA